GCUCCGCGCGGACCGGCGUGCGCUUCUGGGGCGGGGAGCGGGCUCCGGAAGUGUGUAGCUGCCAGGGACCAUGGCGGUGCUUGCUGCUGGGGAUGGCGGCUUGCUCGGCCGGGCGACUAGUUCUGGCCUGGUCAGUCGGCGGCCGACAUCCUGUCUGGGGCGGCGUCCCACAGACGGUAAACGGAAAUUUCAGUUCCAUCCAGAUGUUGGUUCCUUCAGUCAACCUCAGGAAUAAGACACAAGGGUACCUUCUGUGUGACUUCAACCCUCCAGAGGGCUUCAGCCUCCGUAGGAACGUCUGCAUCCACAUUGCCUUACUCCUGAAGACCCUGCUGGAGAUGGAAGAGCCGGUACUGGUGCUAUCCCCUUGGGGCCACCUCUACCACUGGCAGAACCCCAACAUCAACCAGGUCUGGAUUCCCUGGUCCGACUCCUUUGACCUCCCAAGUCUCAACAGAAACAACCCUGACAUUGAGUACGAGCAGUUCAUUGCAGGAACGCUGUGUUCACGACAACCCAAUGAGUUGACACCACUAUGAGUUCCACUUUAAAGAUCAUUGCUCUUCCUCUCUUGGGAGCACCUGGAAAACCCAGAUCCUUUCCUAGCAGUGCCUGCCACCCUGACCUCCCUGCUCAUCUGCCUCAGUCAGGAGCACCUGGACCACCAGCUCUGUAUUGCCUCACCU